AGUUGGCUCCCCGCCUUUAGCGCCGAGAGCCCCAGCUACCCCGAGCCCGAACUUCCGACUUCUGGGACUAAGGCGGCAGAGGGCUGAGCGCUCGGCCACCCCCAGCGUGCGCAGCCCGGGCGGGCUUCGCCCGCGGAGCUUGACCUAGGGUCGGGACCCGUCGGGUUGCACCGCCGGCACUCUGGAAGACCCGGCUUCGAGCCUUUCCUCUCCGUCUCCAAAGCGCCCUCCCGCCUCCCGGCGCUCCCCAUGCACCUGCCGGGCUGCACGCCAGCCAUGGCCGACGGGAGCUUCUCGCUAGCCGGCCACCUGCUCCGCAGCCCGGGCGGGAGCACCUCGCGAUUGCACAGCAUCGAGGCCAUCCUGGGGUUUACCAAGGACGACGGGAUCCUCGGCACCUUCCCGGCGGAGCGGGGCGCCCGGGGCGCGAAGGAGCGGGAUAGGAGGCUGGGCGCGCGGCCCGCCUGCCCCAAGGCGCCCGAGGAAGGCGCCGAGCCCUCCCCGCCGCCAGCCCCGGCGCCUGCCCCCGAGUACGAAGCCCCUCGCCCCUACUGCCCCAAGGAGCCCGGGGAGGCACGGCCGAGCCCAGGGCUGCCCGUCGGGCCAGCCACCGGCGAAGCGAAACUGUCAGAGGAGGAACAGCCCAAGAAAAAGCAUCGGCGGAACCGCACGACUUUCACCACGUACCAGCUGCAUGAGCUGGAGCGCGCGUUCGAGAAGUCCCACUACCCGGACGUGUACAGCCGCGAGGAGCUGGCCGGCAAGGUCAACCUACCAGAGGUCCGGGUCCAGGUGUGGUUCCAGAACCGACGGGCUAAGUGGCGGCGGCAGGAGAAGCUGGAAGUGUCCUCCAUGAAGCUGCAGGACUCGCCCCUCCUCUCCUUCAGCCGCUCCCCGCCCUCCGCGACGCUGUCGCCCCUCGGGGCGGGCCCGGGCAGCGGUGGCGGGCCGGCUGGGGGCGCGCUGCCGCUGGAGUCCUGGCUCGGGCCGCCGCUGCCGGGCGGGGGCGCCACGGCGCUGCAGAGCCUGCCGGGCUUUGGGCCGCCGGCGCAGAGCCUGCCUGCCAGCUACACGCCACCGCCGCCGCCGCCGCCCUUCCUGAACUCCCCGCCGUUGGGCCCCGGCCUGCAGCCUCUCGCGCCGCCGCCGCCCUCCUACCCGUGCGGGCCCGGCUUCGGGGACAAGUUCCCGCUGGACGAGGCGGACCCGCGCAACAGCAGCAUCGCGGCGCUGCGUCUGAAAGCCAAGGAGCACAUCCAGGCCAUCGGGAAGCCGUGGCAGGCCCUCUAGGGGCACUGGGGACCGUCUUGGGAUCCGACCCCGGGCCGACCGCACCGUAUCCGCAUCCUCUCUCCCAGGGACCGCCCCCCCUCCCCAGCUCGGCCCCUCUUUCCCUGUCGCCUGCAGCCACCCGCCAGGCAUAGUUCAGGGCCAUGCGCCUGCUCCCGAUGCACAGGGAGAAGGGCGACUUUCAGGCCUGAGGAGAGGCCCUCUGGCCGCCUCAACGCACUUCGCGGACCUCAGCCCUGCAGCUGGAGGGCGACAGGCUGCCGGGCCCCGCUGGCCACGCCGCUCCCAUCCCCGCAGGCGUUGGAGCCUCCAGGCCCAAACAGGCUGAAGCUCCUAAACUUGGCCAUUCCCAGGAGGCUUGGAGACCCCCAGAUAACCAUAACAGGGAAGCAGGGGAGGCGGAAAAAUAGAGUUUGAGAAACUUUUGUAUAAGUAGUUUCAAACUAUUUGAGAGGAGAAUUAAAGACAUGCUUGUUUUGUUUC